UAGUGCAGUACACCAAAGUUCUCUGAAGAGAAGAGGGCUUUCCAACACACCUUCAGAUAGCCUGCCUUUCACUUUGGAACUAUAUCUCAGGCCCUUCAGCUUGAGGACUAUGGAUCUGACCUCUGGAAUAGAGAAGAUGGAACAGCAGUGGUCUGCAGCUCUAGUGGUGAAGGGUGCAGCGUGUCUGUCAUGUAAAGGGAUCUGCUCUGGAUUCCUCCCACAUUCCUGGAGGAAAGCCUGUACCCAGUGUGGCUGCAGUGUGGAGGAUCACGGUCCCAGCUCAGACCUAGAGGACGAUCACAAGAUGGGUCGUCUCCUCGCCGACUCCAAAUACGUCCACCUGACAGCCAAGGUGAAGGGCGUCCGGGUGUACAAACGUAACCGCAUGGUCAUCACCAACCCUGUCGUCUCCAGGAAGGACCCUACCUUCAACACCAUCACCUACGACUGGGCCCCGCCAGGACUCACACAGAAACUGGCCAUGCUGUACAUGGAGUUGCUCCCGGAGGAAAAGCGUCCUGUAGCAGGGACUGAGGGAGCGAUGUACCGGCGCAGGCAGCUGAUGAGGCAGCUACCUGUCUACGAUCAGGACCCCUCCCAGUGCCACAGGCCUCUGUCAGAGGACCAGCUCCAAACCAUGUCUGUCUUCAUGAAGACCUACAAGGAAGAGGCUCUUGGGGUGGGGGAGGUGGCGCUGCCUGGGGAGGGAGGAGCUCACCCUCCGCCCACCGUGAUCAAAGGAGAUAAGCAGAAGAACGGAACUGGGACUGGGACUGGGAAUGGGCAGGCCACCAUUAUCCAGCCAGACCCUAUUUAUACUCCCACCACCAAUGGGACUGACGGCUGUAGGAAAAGUGAAUAUCAUUGCAGUGGUUGCGGGGAGCUCGCCCCCCUGGACAGUCCUGUGGUGUAUGCAGAGUGGGCAGGCUACGACAAGCAGUGGCACGCGACCUGCUUCGUGUGUUCAGAGUGUGGAGAGGCUCUGGUGGAUCUAGUGUACUACUGGAGGGAGGGAGAGCUGCUCUGUGGAAGACACUACUGCCAGAGGACCAGACCACGCUGUUCAGGGUGUGAUGAGCUGAUCUUCUGUGAGGACUACAAGAAGGGGGCAGAUGGCCGGGCGUGGCACCACGACCAUUACUGCUGCUGGCGGUGUGGCCAGAGUCUUGACAGCCCCUGUUCCUGUCCCUAAACACCCAGCCCCAAGCCUGUUAGGCCCUCCACCACCCAGCCCCAAGCCUGUUAGGCCCUCCACCACCCAGCCCUAAGCCUGUUAGGCCCUCCACCACCCAGCCCCAAGCCUGUUAGGCCCUCCACCACCCAGCCCUAAGCCUGUUAGGCCCUCCACCACCCAGCCCCAAGCCUGUUAGGCCCUCUACCACCCAGCCCCAAGCCUGUUAGGCCCUCCACCACCCAGCCCCAAGCCUGUUAGGCCCUCUACCACCCAGCCCCAAGCCUGUUAGGCCCUCUACCACCCAGCCCUAAGCCUGUUAGGCCCUCUACCACCCAGCCCUAAGCCUGUUAGGCCCUCUACCACCCAGCCCCAAGCCUGUUAGGCCCUCUACCACCCAGCCCUAAGCCUGUUAGGCCCUCCACCACCCAGCCCUAAGCCUGUUAGGCCCUCUACCACCCAGCCCUAACCAUGUUUAAGACAGCUUCUGACAGUUCCUGCCCCUAAACACCAAGACGGGGCGGCAGGUAGCUUAGUGGUUAAGAGCGUUGUGCCAGUAACCGAAAGGUCGCAGGUUCUAAUC